GGGGCCGCUGCGCCGCGCUUCCGCUUCCCUCUGCCUCGGGCGGGGCGCCGCCGGAAGUGGGAGGCGCGGCCAUGGCGGCUGUGGACAUCAGAGAUAAUCUCUUGGGAAUUUCCUGGGUUGACAGCUCCUGGAUUCCAAUCUUAAACAAUGGGAGUGUGUUGGACUACUUCUCGGAGCGGAGCAACCCGUUCUAUGACCGAACGUGUAACAAUGAAGUCGUCAAAAUGCAGCGAAUGACCUUGGACCAUUUGAACCAGAUGGUUGGAGUGGAGUACAUCCUUCUUCACGCUCAAGAGCCUAUUCUCUUCAUUAUCCGAAAGCAGCAAAGGCAAUCUCCAACACAAGUUAUUCCACUGGCUGACUACUAUAUUAUUGCUGGAGUGAUUUAUCAGGCACCUGACUUAGGGUCUGUCAUCAACUCCAGAGUUCUCACUGCAGUGCAUGGAAUUCAGUCUGCUUUUGAAGAAGCGAUGUCUUACUGUCGCUAUCACCCAUCCAAGGGCUACUGGUGGCAUUUCAAAGAUCAAGAAGAACGAGAGAAAGCGAAACCAAAAGCCAAGAAGAAGGAAGAGCCAAGUUCUAUUUUCCAAAGGCAACGGGUAGAUGCAUUGCUUUUAGACCUAAGGCAAAAGUUUCCACCCAAAUAUGUUCAGCAAAAGCCUGGAGAGAAGCCUGUCCCAGUGGAUCAAAUCAAGAAGGAACCAGAACCAGCCCCUGAAGGUGUCAAGCCAGAGGAAAAAGAGACUGUAAAGAACGUUCAGCAGAGUGCUGGCACUAAAGGACCGCCUGAAAAACGGAUGAGGCUCCAGUGAAGGGAGAAGUUGUUACACAUCUGGAUUACUACCCAGAAAAUGAGAUUCUUGCUCCUCUUUCUUUAUAUUUAAGCAUUUCCACCAAGACUGAAGAGUCAGGGACUGAAAUCCCUGUAACAGCUACUUCUGUAGAAACCUGCCACACAAUUCCUAGGUCAGGAUGGGAGCUGCCUUGAAGAAGGUGUUCUCAGUCUUCUUAUUUUCAGUGUUGACUUCAGAGAGUGGUUUUUACAUGGACAUAUUUUGCAGCCUCAUGGAAUCUUUACAGACUCUUGUGUCUUGGUUUCCUAUGUAAAAAGAAAACAACCACUUCAAUAUAAAAAAUCUGAAUUCUUGGCAAAUAAAACAAGCUGCUCUGA